CCUGCACCACUGGCGAAAUCUCCAUUUUACCCCUGCCCCGCAAACGCGGUAAGCCGGUAACGGCUCAGUUCCCAUCUGCCCCUGCUGAUCUCGCAGCUCCUUUCCCACGCGAAAUUCCCGUUUCGCCCCUGUUUUUCUUCCUCGUUCACCCCUUUCGCCCCCCCCCCCUCCUCAUCAGUGCCCAUGGUUUCCACUGCCACGGCGCCACCUGCACAGGCUGUCCACUCCCCGUGAGUCCGUGGCCUCCUCCCUCCCAAACCCGAACCCUACCCUGACUCCGACCUCUGAUCCACACCCCGAUCCAGCCCUUCCCCACAUAGGUCGCCGGCGAUGGCGGCCGCCUCCCCGCCGCAGGAUCAGCAGCAGCCACCGCCGACGGAGGGAGAGGUUUCGCGCGAGGCUGCGAUGCUGACCCCGAGGAGGGCGCGGUUUCCUCGCGCGUGCCACAACCGGCCGAUGGCGGCGCCUUCCACGCCCGCGCCCGCGCCUCCGCCGCCGCGGCCGAGGCAGAGCGGGAAUGCGGGGGACGAGACGCCGGAGUACCGCGUGGUGACGCCACUCGUGGCGGAGCCGGAGGCGUGCGCUGAGCUGCCGCGGUGGAGGCUGCGCGGCAUGUGGGAGCUCGCCUCCGUCCUCAACUUCCUCCACGUGUUCCGGCCAUUGCUCAACAUUGCGGUGGAAUUCACUGCGGAGGAGCUGGAGGACGCGAUCAUAACGCCCAACGGCUUGCUGGAUGACGUGCAUAUGCCUCUGUUAAAGUCAAUUCCUCCAGUAAACCGAAUGGCAAUGGGACGUGGAACAUGGGUAACUGUGUUAUGUAGAAAACUGAAGCACUGGUGGCAUCUGGCUGCAGAAGGCAAUCUGCCGAUUGUUGCCUCACAUGGAGCGGAAGUUGAAAUGUACAGGGCACUUGAGCCAGCAACUCGAUUAGUGAUUCUGAAAGCGAUAUGUGAUAUACGUGGUGAGCAAGAGGAUGUUCGGAACUUCAUCGAUAGUUCUUUAAAGCAUGGUUAUCAUCUUCCCGUCUUCCGUAAAGAACGAAUUGGGGGAGAUUCAUAUGGAAUCUCAUACUGGUAUGAAGAUGACCCAAUCCUUGGGCAUCGGUUGUAUCGCGAAAUUAGACGAGUGGAGUAUGUGAAGGAUCCUACAAAAAAAUCUGAAGGAAAGGGAGUCUCAAGUGUUCCGGUUAUAUCCUACCACUGGGAGGCUGUAGCAUCCAACUUUGAUGAGUUUCAAAUAGCUACAGAAAAACUCUUUUCAAGUAGGAACAGGACAGAGGUCUCGCUUGGCAAGAAGAUGAAGAUCAAUUAUCUUCCAGAGAUUGAAAAGAUUCACAAGAAGAAGGAGAAGCUGCUCAAAAAGCAACAAAGAGAAGCCCUCCUCCUUGACAGCUACUUGACAGUGAAUGGGUUCACAUCUGGCCGCUCUCGUCGUGAAAGAAAGCGUGUCACUUAUACUUUUGAUGAUUAUGACCGGUCAAUAAAUGAAGCCAUAAAAACAACGAAAAAAAGUGAGAACACUGUUGAGAUUGUUACUGCUACCAACAGAAGAGUACUUGAUCCAACUCAAGAGGCAUCAAGCUAUGGUAGAUUACCUGGUCCGUCACCAUUAUGCAAUGGAUUCUAUGGAGAAUCUCCAGCGAAGUCAAAUCGGUACCAAGCAAGCAAUGGGAAAGAAAAAGCUGAAAGACUUCUUCGCAGCUACAGGCAGAGAAAAAGAUCCCAGAGGUACACAAAAGACUUUGUUGAGGCUGUCUCGGACAUGGACCUGAAUUUAGACAGUGAUGACGAUAUCAUGGGUGAAGCAAUCUAUGACGAGGAAUAUAUUAGAAGUAGAAAACAACAUAAGACAAGUCUUUCUGAAGAUGAUGAAGAGUUCCGGUUGGAACAAGUUGUCAGUGAUGGUGAUGACGAAGUGGAUCAUUCUUUGAGUGCUAGCGAAGAUGCAGAGGAGCUCCAGUGGUGCAAAAGAUUGCCAAUUUGCAACCUUCAAGGGACCAAGUUGAGGUCUGUUGAUGAAAUCCAAAUAGGCAUUAGGCGCAGUAAACGCUCCACCCGUCCUCGUAUUAACUAUCGGCAAUAUGAUAUUUCUUGGACAAAUUCAGAAUCUGGAAGGCCUGAGAAACCCAAGGCAUCAGAGCCAGAUGCACUAAAUGAUAGGGAGCUCUCAACAAGUAGUCAAGACCGAGAGGAAGUAGAUGAUGAAGUAAAUAAAGAGCAGCAGCGGUACAUGGAGAAGAUGCAUGUUCCUGGCAGGGAGAGUAAAAGUAUCCGGAGAAAAUUCCUCGACCUGAAUGAGCUCGCCCCUGUUGGUGGUUUUGAUGAUGCGCCAGUCUUGGUGAAAGAUGAGCACAUGAAUAACGGUUAAGAAACAUGUCCGCAGCACAUUCGGGGUGCUGUCACCUGGGUAUCAAUACUUGGUGAAAUCCUUGGCUUUAGCAUGCAUGGAUCAAUGAUAAUAGACGGUGAUACGACAUUGGCCUUUUGGGCGGAUUGCUGCUACUUACUGCCAAUUUGGAACCAACGAGGAGAUGAGAUGGUCCAUGAGUGCAGUGGCUGAAUUUCCAGCCCAUUAGCUAAUAAGCCCUAUCUGAUACUUGGAGAUCAUGCUGAGAUGUACACUAGCCACGCUGCACGCGUCAAUUGGCGCUGUGCGACUAUCGCAUUGAUAAAUCACCACAAUUGGAUGUAUGUGUAUCCUCCAUGUAUAAAUAAUGUCUGUCUGGUUCGGGGAUGCCUACACUGCCUACCGCUAUCAGCAUUUUGUUCUCGACUGAGCAUCUACAUGAGACUUGGUUCUACUGCAA